AGUCAAGGGUGUUUGCCUUUGUUUUUAGGAAUUUUACCUCAUUACCAGCCAUGCUGUUGCAGCUGAUAAUGAGGUAGGUCUGUGAGCAGGUCAGUUAUGCAUGUAAUGUCUGUGUGAGUGGAUGCGAAACACAAACAAAGAACAAUAUGAGUUAUUAGUUAGAUAGUAAGAGAAUCGUGCACUUCUGAGCUCAGCUUACUCACAUGUACUGCAUCUCUGACAAAAAAAAGAUAAGGUACAAAGCUAAACAGGCUCCUAUAAAAACACUCAUAAGCUGACCACAUAAUUAUUAACUCCAGGUUGCUGCAAGAGUGACUUUGGCCGUGUAAUUACAGCGCUUUCUACAUUAGUAAAGGUGUCAGCACACGCUGUAACUGCUGGGAUUAUGGACAGCAAGACACAGAAGCUCAUCCUGAAGCGGGAAGUGGGACUGAUGGGAGCAGUGUCCCUCAUCGGAGGGACAAUGAUUGGAUCUGGGAUCUUCAUGAGCCCACAGACAGUGCUCUACAACAUCGGCAGCCCCGGGGCCAGCUUGGUGGUGUGGGCAUGCUGCGGUGUGCUGGUGAUACUGGCGUCUUUCUGCUACGCUGAGCUGGGCACUGUUAUAAGAGAAUCAGGGGGGGAGUACAUCUACAUCCUCAAGACUUCAGGUCCAGUCGUCGCCUUCAUGUUAAUCUUCAGCUCUGUGUUAUUUGUGAGACCUGCUUCUAUUGCUGGUAUCGCGCUGAGUUUUGCUCAGUAUGUCGUGGCUCCUUUCUACUUGGACUGCACCCCUCCAGUGCUGCUGGUGAAGUGUGUGGCUGCAGCUGCAAUUAUAGUGGUAGCCACUGUGAACUGCCUUAAUGUUCGCUUUUCAAUGUCAGUCCAGGUGUUUUUUAUGGUGACCAAGGUUCUGACCCUGGCAGUCAUUAUAAUAGGAGGCAUGGUGGUGCUUAUCAGAGGGCACACUGAAAACUUUGAAGACUCCUUUGAGAACACAAAUGUAGGCAUCAAUCCAAUUGGUAUUGCUUUGUACCAGGGACUGUGGUCCUAUGACGGCUGGAACAAUCUGAAUUCUGUGACCGAAGAGUUGAAACGUCCUGAGGUAAGUAAAGUAUGGUGUUUCAGUGGAAAGUAGUUACUGCCCUAAAGGGAGUCAUUGACUAAGACUAAUAAGCGGUCCACAUCCUACUGAACACCAA